AUGGCGGGAGGCAAUGCCGAGAAGGGACAGCGAUACAUCGCAUCCUUGGACCAGGCGCGGGCCCAGGGCAAAUGGGACGAAGUGCCUGAACUGAUUCGAAAGGUGACGAAGCACGCUCCGCAUCGCACUUGUAAGCGCGCCACUACCACUACUGUCCCGUGUUCUGAGAUGGCGCUAACGUGUAUCCUUGCAAUAAAAGGUGCUAUUCAAACCGCGACAGCCGAAUCUCGAGUCGUGACCUAUCUCCAGCAGAAAACGCCCUCCGAGUCGCCAUCAACGCCUAAUCUCCCCGAAUUGAUCCCCGCCCUGUUGACAACCAUCGAGAACAAUGAUGGGACCCCGCAGGAGAUCCUGCAAGCGCAGGUGUGUCUCGGAUGGAUCCAUUGGGUUCUGGGUGAGCCAGCGCUGGCUUCAGGACGUCUGCCGAGGGACUUCACAACGACGGUGGAUGUGCUGGCCGCUGAAGGACAAAACCCGUCUUCCUGGACAGAGGUCUGUCUGGUCAAGGGAUGCUAUAUAAAGGGAGCUGCGCAAGCUACAGUUGCUGGUAUUGAUGAGACAUUGGAGACAUUCGCUUCGCUGGUGCCUUGGCUGAGCAGCGGGAAACUUGGCUCGAAUAACGCGCAAUUCCUGAGCUGGAUCGAGACUUUGCUAUGUAAAGGUGCCCUGAUGGCCAGUGAGGAGGCAUGCAACACCUCACCAUACUCCGACCCUAGACAUGUGGAGAUUGCGCUUCGGCUGUUUCGGCUUUGGUCUGCUCUCCCCACAGUGAAGCAAGGGCUUGCUGCUCCCACUCCUUCCCACCUAGAUGUCUCCACCUCGCUCUCCCGCACGUCUAUAUGGAAAUCAUAUUAUGGAUUCCUCACGACCGUGCUUCAGGAUGAGCUUGUUUACACGCCUCCUCAUGAUGGGCCAGAUCGCCCCCAGCUAGCUAGUGAAUUGCGCCGCAUCGAAUCCAUCUGUGAGAACAACCUGCUCCGGGAAGUCAAAUUCCCUACCGCGAGCUCCGACAACUCCGAAGUGGAAGAGUGGGUGGAAGAGGUUAUUAGAAACUGGGAAGUCCUCUGCGGACCCAACUGGCACGAUCAGGAUCUGGGCGAAGGGGGCCAGAAUGCUGUGGGGCGCAACGUUCUGGACGUAGGUGCACCACGGAGAUACCUUUGCGUGUCUAUGCUGACCAAGGCAAAACUACAGAUUCUCUAUCGCGCAGCGAACAAGACUUAUCAUUCCCACUUGAUUUUGCGGCGUCUGUUCCAUGUUCAUUCCGCAUUGGCAGACUUUGACCUCGCCGUUCAAGCUCUCGAUUCCUAUAUCGAAAUUGUCACAGGUGCCAAGGACAGAGCAGAGAAGGCGGCUGAGUAUGGAGAGUUAGAAAAGGACGAGACUUUCUUGCAAACUCUUUCCGAAGGAGUCACUUUGUUGAGCUGCCUUGGUUCAUUUGACGAGGCAGAGAAGGCCAAGAAUCUAACCGAGUUGAUUAGAACUCACCUCGACAAACAAGGGUCAAGCAAUACAGAUACUAGUGCCAACGGCAAAUUGCUGAUUACGCAAGGCCCCGCUUCUACCACCUUGUGCGAAAUUCCCUCUGCUGUUCUGGCCGCUGCUUACAGGGCAGUUGGAGUCGGACUUGCUAACUGGGCAAGCUAUACUCCCCAAAACGAAGCACGAGAUGAGAUCCGUGGAGAAGCCAUCGAUUACCUGUUGAAGAGCAUUUCUCCUUCGCUGGGGAAGCAAAUGAGCUACGCCACUCUGUACACAUUGUCUCUUGUCCUUGCCGAAAACCGCGAUCUGGAUACGGCAAUUGACUAUGUCAAGUCAGCAUUAACUUCUCACGGCUGCUCUGAUACGUCUGAAGAUCUUUCGAGGGAACGGGAUCUCGUCCCAAUGUGGCAUUUACUCGCACUGUUGCUCAGUGCAAAGAAUGAGUUUGAUAUCGCUGAACGUUCUUGCGAAGCAGCAUUCGAGCAGUUUCCUCCGGAGGUAUUUGGGAAGAGCCACCUCGACAAACGCUCAGAGAGACGUUCAUCAAGGCACUCCUCGCACUCCAAGGAACAUGAGUCUAAUUCCAAGCGCUCGCUCGUUCAUCGGCUGCAGGGCCGGGAGAAGGAGCGCAUUCUUCAAACUCGCAUCACACAGCUUGCGUUCGUUGAAGUUCUAGAAGGCCCUGAGGCUGCUGUCAACCAGAGUGGUCAACUGCUGAGUCUUUUCGCUACUCUAUUCAGUGACCUUAAUCUUGAUAGCGAAGGCACCAAGCCCAAGACCGAGCAUCUGGUGCCACCGAAGAGCUCCGCCGGCACAGCCCGAAGCUUCCGCAGUAGCAUAUUCAACCGCAAUCGAGUCUCUCAUUUACCAGACCGCCGUGCCGAUCAUUCUACAGGCUCAGGCUCCCCCAUUCCAGCAGUGCCGCCCAUUCCAAAUGGCCAUAUGAGUGGAACCGAAGCACCUGCCAUUCAAAUUACGGACGAAGAUCCGCAACGCUAUCAAAGUCCUUCUACACUCGGGAGGUCUGACUCGAAGAAGCUGAAGAAGCGCAGCAGCAGCUUCCACAGGCAUGAAAGGCCACGAGGCCAGGAGCCCCCUCUCCCGAGAGAGACAGAGUCCCCAGAUAUGGUGGGCGUCGCUGUGUCAGGUAACUCAUCCCCCAUGUCGGCAGGUGCCAGACAGCCAUUGCAGCCGGUUGCGCACAAUAUUCAUCACAAACAACAACCAGCCCCAGUCGGCCAUGAGCACAACCCACCAGUGCAGGACACCCGACUUCUGCCUGCGCACCGAUUUGAUUCUCCCACGAAUGCCACUACAAAGUUUUCUUAUGCUCAAUCUCAGAAGCACGCCCUUGGCCUGCUUGUCAAGAUUUGGCUCAUCAUUGCCGGUCUGUACCGCCGAGCGUCUCUAUUUGAUGAUGCUCGCGAGGCAUGCCAUGAGGCUUUGAAGCAAACUUCGCGCGUGGAAACACUGACCGCAUCUUUUGAGUCUUCCGCCCGAGCUUUCAGCAACCGCGGCUGGGAUAAUGCCAAGAGCUCCGAAGAGUUGUGGGCUGAUGUCUAUGCUGAACAAGGACUGUUGGCUCAGACUCAGUCAAAUCCCCAUCAAGCUAUGAAGCAUUUCGAGGAAGCCCUACUGCGCUGCCCCGAUCACCCGACGGCGACGAUUGCUCUUGCAAAUCUUCUUCUGGAUGUGUGGGACCAGAAGAUGCCGCUGGAGGCCUCGAAUGCCGACGUGGAUCUCAACGUCUCGCGUCUUUCACUAUUGUCAGAGCUCCCGAAGCCAAAGGUGGCAAAUGCCAUUUCAAUCGACGAGUUGAAGGGACCUGAUGUUGAAACUCCGCCUACAGCCGAAGCUUCCUCCUCGCCACAUGAUGUUGAUCCCAAGCACCUGCACCGCUUGGCAGCCCGAGAUCGCGCAUACGGUCUGCUCUCAUCGCUGACCAAGCUUGGUAGUUCUUGGGACAACUCUGAGGCAUGGUAUGCUUUGUCGCGGGCAUACGAGGCCGGUGAACAGAUCGACAAAUUAAAGGACGUUCUGUGGUGGUGCAUUGAGCUUGAGGACCGUCGGCCAAUUCGGCACUGGUCCAACAUUGGCUCUGGGCUCUAUGUUCUUUGA